AAAAUAAUAAAUUUAAAUCAAAUGUCUGAAGAGGUUGAUUUGAAAAUUAAGCAGCUCGAACAAUCAGCCAAUCAGUUGAAGGCUGAUUCUAACAAUCUUGAAGCUCUUAGGAAAUUUGAAGAGAUUCUUGACCUCAAAUACAGGAAGUACGGGGACGGCUCCCAUGAAGUCAGGAGCACUAAGUGUGAAAUAGCCAUUCUCUGUAAUAUUCUUUCAAUGGAUAGCUUACAAAAUAAUGACUUUGAACUUACUAAGAAAUUACUCAAAAAGGCAGAGAAAUUAGCAGAGAAGGACUACAGGGUCCUUGCCUGCACCUUUAAUAACUAUGGAUGACUUUUUAGGAAAACCAAGAAGCUGAGAAGUGCUCUGACUUUCUUGUUAAAGGCUCUAGAAAUUGAAUACAAGCAUGUUAAUGAAAGUGAUAAUUCUGUUGAUGAUGAACUCAUCACUUCGAAUCCUUGAGAUAUCCAUCUCAACAUCUGAGCUAUUCUAAGUCAGAUGGAUAAGCAUGAUAUUGCUCUUCAGCAUGCAAUGAAGGCACUUAUUUUGAUCCAGGAUGAAAUUAUCAAUCGAAUUGGGACUGAAGGGGAUAAAACUCCAUCAGAAAGAUUGGUCGUUCUCUCCAUUGCUUAUCAUAACAUAGGAGUUGAGUAUGAGUUCCUCAAAAAGUAUCAGCAAGCUUUGAAUGCUUAUAAAUAAGUCAGUCAUUAAUGCAGAGACUCAUUUGGGACCAAGCAACCUCAUGACCGUAAACAUGAGGAAUGUCUAUGACAAAGCAAUUAAUAAAAUAGCAGAUGUGAUUUUGAAGACAGUUUCAAGGAAGGGAGCCAAAAAUAAAUCAGCCACAAAAAAGAACAAUAUAAUCGAGAUGCUGGAUGAUGGAAUGAGUGAAGAAGAGAUCAUCAACUACCUUACUAAGACAAAGGAGAAGAAGGAGUAAUUCGUUAAUUUCAAUGAAUAAAUAUUAAAUGGG